AUGGACGGCGAGAUGGAGCGCAUGUUCGAUCUCGGGUACAUCGCGGGCCCGUACGACAAGGACGAGCUCGAGGCCGCGAUCGGUCCUUUCCGCACGAAUCCGAUCAGCUAUGUGCCGAAGUCAGUAGCGCCCGGGUCUUACCCGAAGGCGAAACCGAUCGUUCGAACCACAGACCCUGACGAAGCGAAUCAUCCGUCGACGAGCGGGCAUGGACCGUCGCAACGGAAUGCUUCGUCUAGCCGUCCGAAACUCGUUUCCAUUAAUGACGACCUGAAAUCUGCGGAUUUCCCUUGCCGUUGGACGACCUUGCCCAUGUUGUACCGCAAGUUUCGCCAGCUUCCCUUGACGGCGGAAGUCUGCGGUUGGGAUUUCGCCGAUGCGUUCUACCAGCUCCCUUUGCGAUGGGACCAGCGAUCGAGCAUGUGCAUCUUGUGGCGCGGCCUCAUCUUCGUACGACGAGUCCCAUGCUUCGGUGGCAGGACUACUCCCGGUGUCUUUGGGAACGUUGCGGACCUGACCCAAGACUUGGUCGAAUGGAAGUUCCCCGGCGUGUCAAUCUUCAAGAUGGUUGACGAUGUUUGCGCGGUCCGAACGUCGGAUGCCAUAUCGCAAGAAGCCAUUCUUCAUUUCGUACGAUCCCUCGGCUGGCGCCUCGCGGAGCAGAAAGGAUUCACGUGGACGCAAGCGGAUGCGCUACAUCGACGCCUUGGUGAAAGGUAGCUGCGCCGAUCAGAAGGAACGCUCGGAGGUCGAGUCGGUCACUGGGUCGUUGGGGUAUGUCGCCUACAUCCUACCUGCAUUACGGACCCAUCUCAACUGUCUAUACAGACAGUGUAUCGCGCACGGGGACCGGAAGGCGGUAUCGCGGGCGCGUCGCCUGGACCGUCGCACGUACGAUCAACUCGAAUACUGGAGAAGGUCCCUCUCGUCGGAAGGCCCAUUCUCCACGUCGUUCGAGGCCCUCCCGAUCCCAUCGAAGCUUGCGCUAGCGCGGGAUGCCUGUAUGCACGGACUAGGCAUCGUCAUCAACGGAUACUCCGCGUACUUCGCUCUCCCCGAGGGGUGGACGGAUCUGCACCGCCUCGACACUCGGUCUCGAUCACGAACGCAGAGGCGUGGGCGGUCGAGGCGCUGGCCGAGGCUGCGUUACGAAUGUCUAAAGACGAUAGACAUUUUGUUCUACAAUGCGACAACACCGGGGUUGUGCUUGGAUGGAGGAAAGGGCAUUCGAUGA